AAGCGUUUUUUAAAGUUUAAAAUUCAUCUUUUAAAGACUUUUAAUUUUCAUCAACAAAAAAAAAAAACAAUGACACGAUUAUCACCAUCAAAACGAUCUCAUCUAAAAAUGUCUCAUCCAUCAAAUGGUGGACAACAGCAUCCAAAUAUGGAGCCAAUUUCGAAUGCAAAAACAAUGCUUAGCUCAUCGAAUGUUGAUCGAAUCAUUGGCCGAGAUGAUGAAUAUAAAAAAAUCAUGGAAAUCAUUGAUCAAGGAUUGGCAUCAAAACAAUCGUUGACCAUAUACAUUUCAGGUCCAGCUGGUACUGGUAAAACGUUGACAACAACCACCGUUAUCGAUGAAUUAUCACGUAAAUGGAAAAAUUCAUUCAAAUUCAUAUCAAUGAAUUGUAUGUCAUCAUUCCAGAAUGCCAAUGAUUUCUAUGCUUCAAUAGUCGCUCAUUUUGAACGACGACCAAAACGAUUGGCCACGUCGAUCAAUACCGUGGCCACCGCCAAUGCAUCUAAUCAAUGUUUAGAAGAGCUAAAAGCGAUCCUCAUUGGUCGAAAAUCAAUGACCGUAUUGCUUAUGGAUGAGAUUGAUCAAUUACAAACGAAAAAUCAAAAUGUUUUAAACAGCAUCUUUAGGCUACCAUUACAGCUAUCCGAUCGUGUCAUUUUGGUCGGCAUUGCUAAUGCAUUGGAUUUUACCGCUAAAACAAUGUCCUGGUUACGUGCUGGCAGCCAAUGUAAUUUUCACGAAAUUCGAUUUUUGCCUUCAAAAGAACAGAUUGUCAAAAUCAUUGAAAAUCGAUUGCAAAUGUUUCAGAAUGAAAACAAACCACUGAUUGAUCGUGCUGCUAUUGAAUUCUGUGCCCGUAAAAUUGCUUCCUUUAGUGGUGAUAUUCGCAAAGCAUUGGAUGUUUGUCGACGUGCCAUCGAACUUAUUGAUAAUGAUUCACAAAGUCACAAAGUUAGCAGGCCAAAAAAGAUGAUUCCAUUUCGUGCACGAGAAAAUACGAUGAUGACCAACAAUGAACCGGUGACCAUACGUCUUAUGAUGGACGUUCUCAACAAAGUUUACGGUAAUGCCAUCGAUAAAAUUGAUUCAAAUUCUCGAAGCUUCUUGCCAUCUGAUCAGCAGGUCGUUUUAAGCGUAUUCUUGGUGUUGCUCAAAACACGUUCUUUACGUGAAAUACGAUUGUCAGAAUUUCGUGAAACACUCAUCAAAAUCUGUCGUCGUCGAGGCAUAAGCGUGGAAGGCAAAUCUGAAUCCGACAUAUUGAAUAUGUGUCAAUAUCUAAGCGAUUAUGGUUAUGUGACAGUAAAUGCAGCACGACGUAUUGAAAAAUCGACCGGCAGUCCAUUUGCAAAACGAACACCAUCAAAAAAUCAUCAUAGUACUGACACACAUUCAACGACUUUAUCAUUGAUAAUCGAUCCAUCUGAAGCCGAACAAUUGAUCACUGUAUUUCAUCGUUCGAUCGUUGAUGAUGCAUUUAGCUUUGUAUAAUUAUCAAUGCACAACCUAACCAAUCUGUUUGUUGAUAUUGGUAUCAUCAUAUCGAUUUUACAUUGAAUAACUUAUCAUUCUUACA